AUGAACAAGAACGCCGAAUCCACCAACGCCUCUUCUGUAGCCAACAGAAAAUCCUCCGUCUACGUUUCUGGCAUUGCCCCAGCUGUCAACGAAGAACAGCUCUUGCAGGCGUUUGUCACAUUUGGAGACAUCAUUGAAAUCAAAAUACCCCACGAGCCCCAUGACCCCAAAAAGCACCGAGGUUAUGCUUUCAUAACCUUCUCAUCUGCCGCCGAUGCGCAAGAAGCCAUCGACAACUAUGACUUGAAUCAACUACCAGGAUAUCAAGGGAGCGAUAAAUUCUUGAAGUGCAGUCUGGCACAGCCGAGCAAGUAUGUGGAUGAGAGUGGAAGAGGUGACCGCCCUAUCUGGGAAACAGAAGAAUGGAGAGCAGAGCACGGACAGCCGAAAGAAGACGGGGAGGGAAACGCUGGAGAGUCAUAG